GACAAGUCGCCUGCUGCCACCCUCCAGAACAUCUCCCUCCCCCCCCCUUAAUCACACCAACAAAUGGAGGGGGGCGAGGCGGCCCAGAUCUCACUCGAGGCGCAGCCGUUCGAUGUCCACAUCCAUCCGGAGCUUCCGGUUGUCGCGGCGGGAAUCAUCACCGGGCAGGUUGAGAUCUUUCGCUAUGGGGACGACACACCGCCGCGCCAGCUCUUAUCAUAUCCAGCCCACACCGAUACGUGCCGUGCGCUGCGCUUCAUGGACGGCGGGCGGUUACUGCUGAGCUGUUCCGCGGACCGCUCGAUCCUGUGCACGGACGCAAUCACCGGGCAGAAGGUUGCGCGCCUCGAGAACGCGCACGCGGCCGCGAUCAACCGCAUGGAGGCGCUCUCGGAGACGACGCUCGCGACUGGGGACGACGAGGGGGCCAUCAAGCUCUGGGACACGCGCGCGCAGGACUGCACGGCGCUCUUCGACGUGCACGAAGACUUUAUUGCGGAUUUUGAACACGUGGCGGACUCGCAGCACCUGCUGGCCGCCAGCGGGGACGGGACGCUCUCUGUCUGCAACCUACGGAAAAACAAGUUAGAAGCCCGGUCCGAGAACGCCGAAGACGAGCUCCUGAGCGUGGUCACCACAAAGCAGGGGCGCAAGAUCGUGUGCGGAUCCCAGAGCGGCGUUCUGAGCCUCUACUCCUGGGGCGCGUGGAACGAUUGCAGCGACCGUUUCCCCGGCCACCCCGCUUCGGUGGACGCCCUCGUGCGGCUGGACGAAGAUACGGUCGUCACCGGGUCGAGCGACGGGCUGAUUAGGAUCGUCAGUGUUCUGCCCAAUAAGAUGCUCGGGAUCGUGGGGGAACAUGCCGAAUAUCCAAUUGAGCGGCUGGCGUUCUCUCCAGACCGCCGGACGCUCGUCAGCGCUUCUCACGACCACACUCUCAAGUUGUGGGACACGGCUUAUCUGCUCGAAGAAGACGACGAGGACGAAGCGAAGGAGGGCAGGCAACUAGAGUCGGCAGAAAAGCCAGAAGCCAUGGAAGAGGACGAAGCGGGCGGCUCCGGGCGGCCGCCGGUGAUGGUUGCGGAUAAGGGGAAGGCCAAGGUGGAUGACGUGGCGGACACGGAGAGUGACGAGGACAGUGAUGCUCCCAAGAGUCGCAAGUCCAAGCGGAAAGGCAAGCGGAAAAAGGCAGGGAAGAAGCCGAAAGGUAGCAGCUUCUUCGACGACCUUUGACGUUCGCAACUUGGGGCCCCGUUAAGGUUUCGAAGAUCGAAGGGUGGAUGUUUUUUCUUUGUGAAGCGCUAGAAAUGACGUCCUUCUGUAGACAAGGGAGCAUUCGUCCAACAACCUUUGACGGCAGUUCCGGGUCGCCAAGUCGUUGUCAUGAGCUUCGGGGGACCCUGCAAGCUUCUAGCCACUAGAAACAUGAUUUUGCGGAUUGAGGCACCACUUCGCAUGCCUUUGCAUGGACUUGGCACGACUAUGAGCAUUUUUUGCUUUUACUUCGUACCAAGCUGCAUCAGUGCAUACAUAUGAC